AUGGAGCGGCAAAGGAAACGAGAGCUGCGCGAGCUCAACAUUAGGGCUUGGAAUGGAGAACAGGAUGUGUUCCCUGUACAAGCCUCACUCGAUUCGUCGAUGAAGAAGAAUACGGCCUAUAUCAAGCGUCUACGAACCGGUAUCCAAGCAUCCGCCCAGUCACAGUUCCUUCAAGACGUACAAACGCUGUCCCUCCACAAGUACCUUUCCGAGAUUAUCUCUGCGUGCUACGAAGGUCUCUGCAAGCUCAAGACCCCUGCGGAAAUCGCAACCGGCGUCGAAGUUGUUAGUGCGCUACACCAGCGCUUCGGGCCGACCGAAUUCACUGCAUAUCUUGGGUGGUAUAUUGGGCGCGGACUCAGCACUCCGGAUAAGUCGCAGCUGAAAACGCUGGCACCAGAAGUCCGCGAGAAGGAAGAGAAGGAGCGCCUCGCUCGCCAAAGGGUCCUGCUACGCGUCGCCACCGAGCUAUGGCUUGUCGGUGUAUUGCGCAGCUUGGAGGACGUCUCGAGGCCAGAAGAAGCGGGCAAGACCAAGGAGACUGUAAAAUUAGUGGAGACCAGCAAAGCUAGGGCAGCUGCAGCCUCGAAUGCUGACGCCGAACCGUUUCCACUCGAGGUCCUGAAGGACAUGCUAGGGCACGACCGCGAACAUGUCAACCUACCUCUGCUCGUAAUCUUCGCCAAGGCCUUCUCGUGGGACAUACUUGGAGCCAAAACGUCCGCCGCGGAAGGCCGCAAGCAUGUCAACGAGGACGGCAGCACCACGACCGACAAGAAAGACGAUACUUCGGCGACAGAAGAUGAUGAUGCUGAGACCAAGGACCCUCCAAUCAUCGGAUCCGAACUGCAGCAGCGAUUUAAGAACAUUCUUGCGCGCUAUUUCGAGGACGUAAAGGCGCAUCUGUUGCGUGAUCAAAAACAAUUGACCAAUCAAGGACGUAGAAAUGCUGAAGCAUACGUCAAAUCGGGAGAGGUCUUCGAAGAUCGCCAGGCGAACUAUGAGAAGCAGAUGAAGGCCCAGGAAAAGCUCAUUGCAAAUGCCCAAGUGUUGGCCGAUGCCUUGGGGCUCGAGAUGCCCGAUUUGAAAGAGAAGGACACGUCUGCGGUUACUGGUGAUGGCUUGAUCGGUCUUGUAAAGACGGGAGAGUAUUUGCGUGGUCAAGGCGAUGGCGCCGGUAUCUGGGAAGACGAAGACGAGCGCCGAUUCUACGAGAACCUCAUCGACCUGAAGGAUCGCGUGCCUGGCAUCCUCUUGGAAGAGCCGAAGAAGAAGAAGGCGGACGAUGAACAAGUCGGCAAAAAGACCGAGAACAAGACAGAGGCUGAUGACAAGGAAAAGCCGGAGGCCAACCCGGAAGCAAAACCUACAGAAGCAGAUGAUGCAUCGACGGCAAUUGCGAACAAGUCUGUGGGAGCUCAAGUGGAUGCUGUUUUGGCCAAACUGCCUGAACUCAAUACUAAAGAUGCUGUUGAUGGGACAGCAAUCGAUUUCUGCUUCUUGAACUCCAAAGCUUCCCGCAACCGAUUGAUUAAAGCUGUGCAAGAGAUUCCCAAAGGACGAAGCGAUCUACUACCUUUAUACUCUAGGCUCAUUGCAACCUUGGGCAAAUACAUGCCGGACGUAUCACAAGGUCUUGUCACCUACCUAGACGACGAAUUUCGUAGCCUUCAGCGGCGCAAGUCGAAAGAUUUUCUCGGUCAGGUCCGAACACAGAACGUUCGCUACCUGGCAGAGUUGACCAAAUUCGGGGUCGUCCCUGAGCAUGUCAUUUUCCACUGUCUUAAAGUCAGCCUAGACGAUUUCUCUCGCAUGAAUAUCGAGAUCAUCUGCAAUUUGUUGGAAAACUGCGGUCGUUACCUUCUUCGCAAUCCCGAUACCUCGCCCCGUAUGGCAUCGUUCUUGGAGACUCUGCAACGCAAAAAGGGUGCACAGGUUCUUGGUCAACAGGAGCGGAUGCUGAUUGAAAACGCAAUGUACUACGUCAACCCUCCGGAGCGCGCAGCUAUCGAGCAAAAGGACAGGACUCCGAUUGAGCUCUUCCUUCGAAAGAUCAUGUACCAGGAUCUGACCCGCCGAUCGGUGGAUAAGACUGUUAGGACGAUUCGCAAAAUGCAUUGGGAAGAGGACGAGGUCGUCAACAUUCUGCACAAGAUCUUCGUGAAACCAGGCAAGAUCAAGUACAGCAAUGUCCACCUUCUGGCUAUAAUACUUGGGACCAUCCAUCGUUAUCACCAAGAUUUCACCAUUUCCGUUAUUGAUGAUCUCUUAGAAUCUAUUACGUUUGGCCUCGAAUUGAAUGAUUUCAAGUUCAAUCAGCGCAGAAUAGCGGAAGUCAAGUAUUUAGGAGAGAUGUAUAUCUACCGUUUGGUGGAUUCUCCCCUUAUCUUCGAUGUGCUGUAUAAGCUCGUAAAUUACGGAUGGGAGGGUGGAUAUGCCCGUCCUGGCAUCUACAACCCCUUGGAUCUUCCAGACGAUUACUUUCGCAUCCGCUUGGUAUGCAACCUACUGGAGACCUGCGGCAUGUACUACGACAAAGGCGCGGCCAAGAAGAAACUCGAUUUCUUCUUGUCCUACUUCCAGUACUACGUCAACAUUAAGGAGACUCUGCCAAUGGACGUUGAAUUCAUUGUGCAGGAUGCAUACAGUCUAACACGACCCCAAUGGAAGGUUAUCAUGAACCUGGACGAUGCGGCGAAAGCGUUCGGCGAGGCCGUCCAGCAAAAUUACCAGGCUUCUUCGGGCGGAAAGGUCGCCGAGCCUGAAGAGGAUGAAGGCUCUGCUUCCGAUGAUGAAGAUGGCCCGGAUGAUGAUGACCUUGUCGUGCCAGAAGGAGAUGACGAGAAGUCUUCUGGGGAGGAGGGAGAGGAAACCGAUGACGACGAACCUGUGAAGCAUAGCUCCUCUGAUGAGGAGGAGGAGCAGAUCAUCGUGACGCGACCGGAAGACGAACGGGACCCUGAAGCCGAUGCCGAGUUUGAUCGCGAGCUCGCGAAGCUCAUGUCCGAGAGCGUGGAGUCUCGCAAAUUCGAGCGCAAGCCCGUUUUCGACGUUCCACUGCCUAUGCGUCGCGCACGUGAGACCGCUGUUGCCGCAGAAGACAGUGGCGUGGAGGCACCUGCCCAACCUAUCCCCGGCAACACAGUGAAGUUCUCUCUCCUCAGCAAGCGUGGCAACAAGAAUCAGACCCGCUCUAUUGAUCUCCCAUCAGAUUCGACGUUCGCUGUUGCUAUGCGCAACAAGCAACAAGCUGAACGAGAGGAGCAGCAACGCAUCAAGAGUCUCGUCCUCAACUACGAUUUGCGUGACGACGAUGCAGAGGGUGAAUCGCCUUUUCUUUAUGACCCCCUUCGACCCAAUACCAACAAGACUCGUACUGAAACUCAACAAGGUCUAGACAAGACGCACAACCCCUACGCACAGCCCCGCCUUGACAAGGCCGGCACGAACCGCAGUAAUCAGCGAUCGCGGAAGCUUCAGCUGAGCGACGUCAAUUGGUAUGCACCACCUUCUCGUCCACCUCCACAUCAUCUCAAGACACCCUAA